GUCGGGGCGGGCUCCAUGACCCGCGAGGGGCGGGGCAUGGGCGGGGCUUCCUCCUUACCGCCCCCUGGGACCCGCCUUCUUCUGCUAUUGCACUGCUAUUGGUCAGAGAAGAGGCACGUCCUCCGACCCCGGCGCGCUGAUUGGCCGCCUGAGGUGGCGGCCGGCAACUUCCGGGAGUGCCCGCGGCGGCGGCGCUCCGGCAGGGCCCCCGCCGGCACCAUGAGCACCGAGACGCUGGUGAAGGACGUGAAACCGGGGCUGAAGAACCUCAACCUCAUCUUCAUCGUGCUGGAGACGGGCCGGGUGACGAAGACGAAGGACGGGCACGAGGUGCGGACCUGCAAGGUGGCCGACAAGACGGGCAGCAUCAACAUCUCGGUGUGGGAUGAUGUGGGGAACCUCAUCCAGCCCGGCGACAUCAUCCGCCUCACCAAGGGGUACGCGUCUGUCUUCAAGGGCUGCCUGACCCUCUACACGGGGCGCGGGGGUGACCUGCAGAAGAUUGGCGAGUUCUGCAUGGUCUACUCCGAGGUGCCCAACUUCAGCGAGCCCAACCCCGAGUACGUGGCGCAGCAGUCGCAGAGCAAAGGGGCCCAGAACGAGAGCGUGAGUCCGGCUGCUUCACAAACCAGCCAGGGCCCCCCCGCAGCACCCCCAGCCCCCGACAGCCAGAACGGGAAUGGGCUGAGCCCGGGGGGCCCCGCGCACCCCCCCAGCGCUCCCGCGCACCCCCCCAGCGGCCGCAUCACCCGCAGCCAGCCCGGCCACCCCGGCCCUGCCGCCGGCCCCGUCAGCAAUGGCAAGGAGACGCGGAGGAGCAGCAAAAGAUAACGGGCUGGGACCCCCCCACGGCCCCUCUCCCUCCACUCCCCGGUACAGUUUGAGGGGGGGUCCCCGGCCCUGAGCAGCCCCCAGGGUGAGGAGGGGGCUGGCUGGGCCCCGCUGGCCCCACUCACGUGCCUCCAGGGGGGGCGAGGGUGGCCUGGGUCCCCCAGUCCUGGGCCGGCCGGGCUCGGGGGUCCCGGGCAGGACGGGGCUGAGCCGCGCGACUGCAGCCUGGCCACCCCUGGGUCUGGGGGUCCACAGCCCCCCCCCGGCUGUGCCCCCCCCCGCCCCCAGCCACCGCCUGCCCUCGUGUGUGCCAAGGCAGGCGCCUGGGACCUGUUGGGGCAGGUGUUAAUAAAAGUUGAUUAAUGAAGGCU